CUUCAACAUGGUGGCAUGGGUAGUGUGGUUUUGACAACAACUCGUGAUGGCGGAGUUGCUGAAAUUAUGCGUACUGUUGAAGCGUAUAAUCUCAGAGCUUUGAAACAUCAAUACAUAAGGGAAAUUAUCGAGACAACAGCAUUCAGCCAUUUCAAGAAGGAAGAGGAAAGGUCUGCCGAGUUGGUGAAUAUGGUUGAUAAGAUUGUGGGGAGAUGUUCUGGCUCUCCUUUAGCUGCAACAGCACUGGGCUCCAUACUGUCUACCAAGACCAGUAAGGAAGAAUGGGAGACUGUAUUAAGCAGAAGCAGCAUUUGCACCGAGGAGAAUGGAAUCUUACCAAUACUCAAGCUCAUUUGCACUGAGGAGAAUGGAAUCUUACCAAUACUCAAGCUCAUUUGCACUGAGGAGAAUGGAAUCUUUCCUUUUUCUGUUUUUUUUUUGGUUCACAGAACAUUUCAAAGGGUUUUCACCUUUUUAUCCACUGGUUUUCUUUUCUGUUUUCUGCCUCUUCUAAAUUUUUCACGUUUUCUGGUUUCUUUUCUGUUUUUCGUUAUGUUUCUUAUUUUCUUUCUACUCCCCACGUCCCAUAAUAUAAGAGUGCUUUUGACACGAGUAAUUCAUAAUCAUUUUACAAAUUAGUGGACUUAAAAAAAAAUAAACGUUCUUCAAAUUCGUGACCAUUACAUGAAUUUGCUAUUUUUUUAAAAUUUCAAGCGUGUUAUUUGAAUUCCUGAACUUUAAUUGUAGGUCUCGAACUUGAAUCCAUGAUCUCUUUUUUAAUGUAUAAUAAAAAUUUAAAAUAAUCACAAAUCUUCUUAAAAAAUUGCAAAGAGUAUUCAAAUUCAUGAAUAUUUUUUGAAGUUGCGAACAGGUUUUGAAUUCAUGAACUUUUGAUAUUCAAGAAAAAAAAUUCAGUUCAUGAUUUUGUUUUCAAAUUAAAUAAUUUCUUUUCGAUUCAUUAGCUAUUUUUAUUUGCAUGAUAUUUUAGAAUUGGUGAACGAUUUUCAAAUUCUCGGUCCUUUGUUGAAUUCAUCAAUUUUUUUAUAUGCAUGAUUCUUUUGAAAUUUGUGACGAAGUUUUCAUAUUCACUAAUUCUUUUGAUUUCAUGAACUAUUUUUGAUCUACAUGAACUUUUUUUGGAUUCAUGAACCAUUUUUAAAUUCGCAACCGUUUUUCAAAUUCAUGAAAAAAAAUUAUGCACGAUUGUUUUUGAAUUCGUGGCCAAGUUUUAGAAUUCAUGAACAUUUUUUAUGCACGAACAAUUUUUGAUUUCGUGGCCAAGUUUUAAAAUCCAUGAACAUUGUUUUAACUCAUUACCUGUUUUUUUAUUUCAUGAACAGUUUUCCUAAUUCGUGAUCAUAUUUUGAAUUCAUGAACUCUUUGUUGCAUGAACUUUCUGUUGAAUUCUUGAAGAUCUUUCAAAUUCACAAAUCUUUUUGAUUUUGUACAAAAAAAAUCAUGAAAUGGAGGGAGUAGUAUUUUUCCCUGAAAAGUUUUCUUCUGAAAACCGCCCAAUUUUGAUUCUUGGUGGUUGGUACAAACACUGCUUUUUAUGCCCAAGAAUUUUUGUGUGGGAGUUUGUUUUCCCCGGGAUCACAUUGUUUGAAGUUUUUAUAAUUGUGUGUUUACCAUAACACAUUUAUUUUUGUCAUCCUUGGACAAUAUUGUGCUCCUGAGAUAUUUGUGUGGGCGCAUUUCUGGUUAAAAAUGCUGAUUCCACUCUUGUUUUUCUUUGUCCCUGAUUUCUAUGUGUUACAUUUCAUAAGAUGUUUUUAGUUGAGAUCGUAAAGGAUGAAGUGCUUCAAAUGGAUCAUGCUUUGGACGUAUGGUUUUCAAGACUAUGAAAAAAAGUUGAAUUUCAUAUUCUUAAAGUAAAUUUUGAAUUUCAUAAGACGUGCAAGUACAGUUUUAUUUUUCGAGACAACGUGCAAGUACAGUUUUGUUUUUGAGUGGUACGUGCUGCAUAGUGAGCCUCGCUUUCUGUUAUUGUGUGGGCCUAAGGCUGGGCCUGAUGGGCUUGGGAAACCGCUAAGCAUACACACACUACCUCCAAAAAAAAAUAUCUAGGAUGGAAUCCCCCCGAUCCCACACAGAGAGAACGCCGGUCGGAAUCCUCUUCCGCCGCCGCCGCCGCCGCCGCGCACCUUGAAGAAAGCGACUCCCCUUUUCUCCAUCCCGUUCUGACGCCGGAUUUUCAGUGGCAUUUGGAUGUUCGCGCGGAGCGUUCAGGAGAGGGGGCAGCGGGAGGGGAGGCGAUGGAGCGGGCGGCCGUCGUCUGAGGCUAGGCCACGUCGGACCGGGAGGAGACCAUGGCGGUCGUCCUCGUUCACCUCUGCUCCAGCAGCGUCGCCUUAGGAGAUGGGGACACCGGCGGCUGCCGGAGCGUCCCGUGGACUGGAGCAACCAAGGCCGGAAUGGGGCCUGGGAGGAGCUGCCGGUGCCGACCGGCGGAUCUGGUAAGACAACAAGUACUACCUCCUUCUACUAGUCUCAGUUACUACAUAGUUACUUACUGUAGAUUGCUAGACUUUGCUCCUGAACCUGAACCUCAAAUCCCUUUGCUACUCGCAGACCAUGAUUCGUGCUGCUAAGCUGCGUUGUUUAAUUAAUUAUUAAUGGAGGUUCGUGCCAAACAACAUUUCUGUAUCCUGUUAGGUCCGAUGCGCGGCCAUCGAAAUGGCAAAGUUACACCCCAUGUUGCGCUCGCAGCUUUACGCGUCUUCUUCUGUCACGCGCACAGAUUCGAACACCCAGAUGCCUGCCCCCCUUGACACAUCUUUCUGUGUUGUAUUCGUGGUAGUGGAUGCAACCGAUCAGUGGAACAUGUACCUCUCUCCCCAGAAGCAAGCAAUACCAGCAUUUGUGCUUUCCGCUUUCCUCAAAGGCAAGCAAGCAGCAAGGAAGCAAUGCUUCUUCUGCUUGCUUCUUUCUUGCCCACACCAUUUCCUUCUCUGCAUUCUCGAGGAGCCCUGUCCUUGUGCACUUGUGCUUCUCGGUGCUCAUACUCGAGUCCUGUCCUUGUGCACUAGUGCUUGUCCGUGCUCCUGCGAGCCGCCUGCCCUUGGCGUUCCAAUGGCGGAGCUCGUGGCCACCAUGGUGGUCGGGCCACUGCUGUCCAUCGUCAAGGAGAAGGCGUCCAGCUACCUCCUCGACCAGUACAAGGUGAUGAAAGGCAUGGAGGAGCAACAUGAGAUCCUAAUGCGCAAGCUGCCGGCCAUCCUGGACAUCAUCACCGACGCCGAGGAGGCGGCAGCCCACAGAGAAGGGGCAGCAGCCUGGCUCCAGGCCGUCAAGAAGGUCGCUUACGAGGCGAAUGAAGUCUUCGAUGAGUUCAAGUAUGAGGCACUUCGUCGCAAGGCCAAAAAGCAAGGACACUACAAGGAGCUUGGCUUCAAUGUGGUAAAACUCUUUCCCACUCACAACCGGUUUGUAUUCCGUAAAAGGAUGGGGAAAAAGCUCUGCAAGAUUGUGCAGGCCAUCGAGGUCCUUGUGACCGAAAUGAACGCCUUUGGCUUUAAGUAUCAGCAACAGCCGCCGGUAUCCAGUCAGUUGCGACGAACAGAUCAUUCUACUACUGACCAAGAGGAAGUCAAGGAAAUCAUCAAUGAAUCCAGAGCCAAUGAUAAGAGUGAAAUUGUUAGUACACUAGUUGGGCAAGCUAACAAUGCAGAUCUUACGGUUGUUCCCAUCGUUGGAAUGGGCGGCCAGGGCAAGACCACCUUAGCUCAACUUGUUUACAAUGAACCUGCAAUUGAGAAGCAUUUCAAUUUGCUGCUAUGGGUAUGUGUCUCUGACUGCUUUGAUGUGGAUUCUCUGGCUAAAAGUAUAGUUGAAGCAGCUCCCAAGAAGAAGGAUCCUGGUACAGAAGCAGCUGCUUCCAAGAAGAAGACACCACUGGAUUGCCUUCAGGAUGUAGUGAGCGGGCAAAGAUACCUCCUUGUAUUGGAUGAUGUGUGGGCACGACAGGUUCAGAUUUGGAGACAGCUCAAGGCCCGCCUUCAACAUGGUGGCAUCGGUAGUGCGGUGUUGACAACAACUCGUGAUGGUGGAGUGGCUGAAAUAAUGGGUACUGUUAAAGCUCAUGAUCUCGUAGCUUUGGAAGAUAAAUUCAUAAAGAAAAUCAUCAAGACAACAGCAUUCAGUCGUUUCAAGAAGGCAGAGGAAAGGCCCACCGAGUUGGUGGGUAUGGUUGAUAAGAUUGUGGAGAGAUGUGCUGGCUCUCCUUUAGCUGCAACAGCACUAGGCUCUCUACUGUGUACCAAGACCAGUAAGGAAGAAUGGGAGGCUAUAUCAAUUAGAAGCAACGUUUGCACUGAGGAGACAGGAAUCUUACCAAUACUCAAGCUCAGUUACAAUGACUUGCCGUCGCAUAUGAAGCAAUGCUUUGCUUUUUGUGCUGUAUUUCCCAAAGAUUACGAGAUUGAUGUGGACAAGCUGAUCCAACUAUGGAUUGCACAUGGCUUCAUCCAGGAAAAGCAAGUUCGUCUUGAAACCGUGGGCAAACAAAUUUUCCAUGAGCUGUCCUCAAGGUCAUUCUUCCAGGAUGUGAAACAAAUCCAAGCCACGGUUGAGGAAAUUGUAUACGAUGGCUCGUGUUAUUCCAGAACUACAUGUAGAAUUCACGAUCUUAUGCAUGAUGUUGCACUUUCUGUAAUGGAAAAGGUAUGUGCCUUGGCAACUAUGGAACCAGCCAAGAUUGAAUCUGUUGUCACAACUGAGGAAUCAAGUCAGAGUGAGUGGCUUCCAAACACAGCUCGGCAUUUAUUUUUGUCAUGCAGGGACCCAGCAAAAAAAUUGAAUAGUUCUCUGAAGAACAGCUCUCCAGCCAUCCAAACACUUUUAUGUGAUACCUAUAUGAGUAGUUCACUGCAACAUCUAUCAAAAUACACCUCUUUGCAAGCGUUGCAGCUCUGUUCACAGAGAAGAUCAUUUCAGUUGAAACCAAAGCAUCUGCAUCACCUGAGGUACCUAGAUCUCUCAAGAAGUAGAUAUAUCAAAGCACUUCCUGAAGAUGUGAGCAUUCUAUACAACCUUCAAACGCUGAACCUCUCUGGCUGUGAAUCUCUUUGUAGACUUCCAAGACAAAUGAAGUAUAUGACUUCCCUUCAUCACCUUUACACUCAUGGUUGUCCACAGCUUAAGUGCAUGCCCACAGACCUCAGGAAACUCACAUCCCUUCAGACACUUACAUGCUUUGUAGCAGGCAGUGACCCUAAUUGUAGUAAGGUUGGAGAGCUUGGAAAUUUAAACCUUGGUGGUCAACUAAAGCUACGUAAUCUGGCAAACGUGACAGAAGUGGAUGCAAAAGCAGCAAACCUUGUGAACAAGGAGAUAAGAGAAUUGAGAUUAACAUGGAAUUUUAGAUGGGAUUAUUAUGAAACUAGCUGGCGGGAUAAUGAAGAGCAUGCAAAAGUGCUCGAGAAUCUUAAACCUCAUGAUGGACUACAUGCCAUAGGGAUACAGUCAUAUGGAGCCACCACCUUCCCAACAUGGAUGACUAUGUUGCAAAACAUUGUUGAGAUCCAUCUUUUCAACUGUAGAAAACUAGUAUGGUUGUUCAGUGGUGAGUGUGAUACAUCGUUUGCAUUUCCAAAUCUGAAGGAGCUUAUGCUAAAAGGUCUUGUUUGUUUGGAGAAAUGGUGGGAAAUAGAUAAUGAUGGGAUGCAAGGAGAGGCGAUGAUGUUUCCUCUACUUGAGAACCUGCAUAUUAGCGACUGUGUAAAGUUGAAAGCAUUGCCAGGACAUCCGACCUUCCCUAAGCUACAGAAUGUUUGUAUUAAGAAAUGUCCAGGGUUGGCAACUACAGCUAAAUCACCAAAGCUCAGUGUAUUGAAGAUGGAAGGACGCGAGGUAGAGUUGUUCUUGUGGGUAGCGAGACAUAUGACUUCAUUGAGCAAUCUGGAACUGACUACCAUUGAACAGAGUACAGAUACAACCUCGAUGGGGGCUGAGAAUAGUUUGAGGGAAAUGGUGAACGUCAAGGAGAAUGGGAAUGAUCAAGACUUUCCUCUAGAAGUCUUGGUGUUAAAAGACACUGAGUCAGUUGUAAGUAUAACAGAGCUGUGUGCAUGUUUUGUACACCUUCAAGAUUUGUCAAUUUGGAGCUGUGAUGUGCUCGUCCACUGGCCAGAAACAUUGUUCGAAGGACUGGUAUACUUGAGGAAGCUUCUGAUUAGGCACUGCAAUAAUUUGACUGGAUAUGCACAAGCUUCUGUUGAGCCAUCAACAUCACCAGAAACCAGACAGCUCCUGCCACGUCUAGAGUCUUUAACGAUACGGAGCUGUGAAAGCUUGGUUGAGCUCUUCAACGUCCCUGCAUCUCUCAGGACAAUAGACAUUUCUAAUUGCAGUAAGCUUGAGUCCACAUUCGGCAGGAAGCAGCAGCAGGGAGAGUCAGUAUCAUCGAUUCAUCAAGGGUCAUGCAGUAUAGAAAGAUUAACAUUAUACAGCUGUAAUGGCUUAACAGGGGUCCUCCAUCUUCCCCAGUCCCUCAAGAGACUAGACAUUGACAACUGUGGUGGGUUGACAUCUCUGGAAUCCUGCUCUCCCGAGCUCCCGUCGUUGGAGUACCUCGAGCUUUGGGAAUGCAAGACCCUGUCAUCCCUACCGGAUGGGCCGCAAGCAUACUCAUCUCUCCAACAUCUUCGCAUUAGAUACUGCCCUGGUAUGAAGACGCUCCCUGCAAGCCUGCAGCAACGCCUGGGCAGCAUCGAGGAGGAAUACGUAGAUGCCCGUCUUUAUGGAUAUAAGCCAAGGCCUAUGCUGCUGAAGCCGAAGACAUGGAAGUAUGUCUGCAAAGGUUGAACUACUGUUCCCAAAGGCUUGGAAGAGGUGUUGUCUGCAAAGCACGUACAUACGGGUGGAAAAGAGAGAUCCCUUGGAGUAGAACUAGUGUCUCGCAAGACCUGCCGGGAUCAGCACCUGUUGCCUCCAUGUUCGUUUUGUGAUGUUGUUGCCUGGACCAGACGCCGACAUGAAUGUUGUUGCCAUGUUGAGUUGCAAGAUCAGUAAUCAGAAAGCGCUUCAAACACUAUUGUUUUAUCCCCGGAAAGGGAUCAUGUUUGAACAAUUGUAUUUUCCACUUGUUUACCUAUGGGCUGUUAUAUCAUUGUGCUAUUUUUUGAACUGGCACUGUCAUUAUUAUUAUUUUUGUCUAAAUUUUGCCAGUAUUUCCUUUGGGUGCUUUGCCCAGAAGAGGUUACUUGUUGACUCAGUUUUUGGCAUGUCUGUCUGUCCGUCAGUCUCUGUAUGACUUAUGUGUAACUUGGAAACUCAACGUUUGCUAUAUAUUUUGGCUUGUAAACA